AACUAUGUAUGGGGUUUCCCAUUUCCUUCGGUUUAUCAUCACCGUUACAUUCUUCAUCUUCGAUUCUAAACCUUCACUUCAAUUUCUCACAAACAUAUAUUCUAUGUCUGCUUAAAGAAAGUUAUGGAUUUGCAAAGCGAAUGUUCUGCACUUGAAUUGGUUGAGGAUAAUGAAGCCACUCAGAACUUAAAACCUCAUGUCGAUGGCGAUGCAAUCAAGAAUAAGCACGCUGAUGAUCACGAGAAUAAGUAUAAUGGAUCGUGCACAAAUGAUGAUCAGACUCAGAGGUUGGCCACUAUUCAAACCGACAGAUCCGAUGCUUUUACAGCCGAUAAUCAUUUAAACGCUACUUCUCGGAUUGUGCAGCCAAUGCAUUCACCUCUUGCAGCAGUUAAAUCUCCUUUUGCGUCAUCUACUCCUUCCACCAAAGGGUAUGGCUUGAAGAAAUGGAGGCGGAUUAAGCGAGACUUUGUUAAGGAUGCUACUGUCACAAUGGAAAGCGGUAAAAUGUUGAAGCGCGGUUUAACCGGUUCCACAAAUCCGGAUCCUAGUAAACCACAACAUAAGGCAUCAUCUGAGAUCAAGCAGAACAGUGGAACCCCUACUGGACCAUUGAAUAUGUUGAAGAAUGCAAGUGAUUCUCCUGGGUUCAUGAUGCAUAGCCCUGAUUCAGAUUCCAUUUUUGCAGUUGGAGCUGCUUUUGCUGCUGCUACAGACUCUGAAAAUAGCGAGGAUCGGAGUAGCAAGUCAUCUACAGCAGCCAGUAUGCCAAAGGUCAGAUAUGAUCUGCCUUCAGUUUUGGGCUACAUUCACGAGAAACACCAGUUGGAGAAUUUAAGUGGGAACACCAUGGGUAAUUCAAGUCAAGGAGUUCAACAGGGAAAAGGUCGUGCUGAAAGCAGCAAGAAGGCCAGAGGAGUAAGGGUCAAAAUCGAAAAGGAAAACUCUCAUUCCAGCAUGGAAUCCGACUCAAGAAGCUCGAACUUCAUCUCUACACGGGGUCAAGUUUCAGUGACGAGUAACGGAAAGCAAUGUGGAAACUCCAUGAAUUAUGAUGGCGAAAAUAGUGAUGAGGCCCAUGAAGACGAACAACAGAUCAGUGAAGAAGUUCAAACUGCUUUUAGGAAAGAAAAUUCUGGUGACAUUGAGGAACUUUCAUCUGAUUUAGCUGCUGGAUUAUCUUGGGAGGAUAAAGAUGAGAAAAUUGAGGAUCAUCAACCUUCACCAGAUCAAGACCCAUUGGUCCAGUCUAUUCUUGCACUCCGGUCUGUUCAGGAAGCCCUUGAAAAUGAAUUACACAAGCUGGGAGAUAUAGGCAAGGAACCUCUACAUGAUGGUUCAGUUAGCAUUAAGGGCGUUGAUGUGGAUUCUACUUUUGCUGACGAGGAAAUCCAAGAAACUUGUUCAUCUGACCAAUUAGUUUCUGGAAAGAUAACAAAAGGUACUUCAAGUUCCUUGGAAACUCAAAUAUUAAUCUUAACACAGAAAGUAAAAUAUUUGGAGAGCAAACUGGAGGAAGCAAGGGUCGUACUUCGGGCGAAGGAGUCAAGAAUUUUUGAACUGGAAACUGUAAAGUGUAGCAGGUCACAGAAGGAAGAAUCAAGCACUGCAGAGUUGCAACAAGAUAAAUAUAGACAAAUGGAACUUGACCUUGAGGGCCUGUUCCAACAAAAAUUGGAAUCUGAAAUUGAAUUUCUAGUUCUAACCUACAAAGUAGAGAAGUUGAACGGUACAGUUUUUGAAGAAAAAACAGCAUUGGCUGGAGAACAAGAACAGAUGUUGAAUAAGCUUGGAGAGGUAGAAAGCAAGGCUGUAACGUUAAAGAAACAAGCAGUGGAGUUGGAAAAGUAUCAUGGAAACAUCUUAGAGGUGGAAGAGGUUUUGAAGAUGCACGGGAGAGUGAGCAAGGUUAUGUCAUGUUUUUUCAUACAACUGGUACUGCUGGUUUUAGUGUUCUUAUUCCUUAUCUUGAAUUUUUCAACCCAUUCAGGGGUGGUUGUCCCCACCUGAAUUGAGGAAAAUAGGCCUUUUUGCGAGUGUAUGUGUGUAUUCUACUGUGUCUAGGCAAUGAUCCAACUGUAAGAUUUCAUUGGUUAAAAUACCGCAACUUUGUUAAAAAGUGGGAACCUUUUUCAUACUUGAUUUGGGCUUCACUUCUCCAUAUUACUACUUUACCUA